AUGAAGUUUCCGGCUCAAAUAAUCACCAUUGCCGCUCUCUUGGGCUCCGCUCUCUCCGCCCCUGCUCCCGAGGCCAAUUCCAUCCAAGUCCGUGACUCGCUCACCAGCGAGCUUGUUCAGGGUUUGGCCAUCGACAAGCGCCAAGUGUGCUACUGCUACGGCGGCUUCUGCACUCCUGGAUGCCGCGACAAGGUCAAGCGCCAGGUGUGCUACUGCUACGGAGGCGUGUGCACGCCUGGAUGUCACUAG